AUGGCUGUCACGAAAACGUCCAACUGUGGUGAAUAUUUCAGGCCAGAGAAAUGGAAAGAAUGGCCAGAGUCCCCGACUGUUCCUUUAAUGGAGGUAUUAGCUAGAGAAGACAUUGAUGAGGCUGUGCAGGUGAUACUAUGUAGAGAAGAUUUUGUUGGGAAGGUUCCAGCCCCUCCAUCAUCUGACACCAUGGUUAGAAAACAGCAAGAGGCAAUUGAAGAGAAAAGAACUCCAAUAUGGGGAAGGAAAAUGAUACUCCACAAAAAAACCAACUUAAACAGAGAAAGCCAAAUUGCCCCAGUUUCCUUUCACUUUAUGCAACGUGAUCCCGAAAAUUCUCAUAUGGUUGGAGUCAUACAGCCAUGGGGACAAGAAGAGUGCGGGCAAACAGAGGGAUGGCGGUUGGACAGGCAAGAGAGAGGGACAGAGGAGCAAGAGGAAGAAGGAUGCGACACAUGGCAGCUGCAGGAAAGAGAGGUCCUGACUGAGGCCCGCGCUGCAGCCGCCAUAUCUUCUCUCAGCACUCGCAGCCGCAGCGCUAGUGGUGGAGCGGAGGCCCUGGAGCCUGGACCAUGCGGCGGGGUGGACGUGCGUCCCCGGCCUCUCUGGAGGCGAUUUAAGGCCUGGGGCCGGCUGGGUGAGUGCGCAAACCUCGUCUGUGCGAGAGAAAAGCAUCUGCUUGGUGAAGAGAAGAUGACUGACCUAAGUCAGAUGACUUUCGAAAGCAGUUCUGCUUCUCAAAAACUCAAGCGAGAAGAACAAAGAGGAGACAAGGAGGGCCUAGUGAGCGAGAAGCUGGGUGCAGGGUGGUCAGGCCUGAUGUUGCCAUGCCCACUGGACAGCAAGCAAGUGGGAGCCCUGGCUAGCCCUCCAUCCGGGCUCCCGUGGCAGGGAGGCAGCAUCUAG